GCAGACAAGGAAGUGGAGAUCUUUUUAAGAAAGUUUGUCAAGUAUUUUCUUCCUGGAUGGUGGAUGGUGGCGAACACUCCAUUUGAUGUCCAUCCUAUAGGGAAAUUCUCAAGAUGGCGUUGAUGUUCGAAAGCAUCAGAAACAUUUUCAGCGAUGUGGAUAACUUUCUACAGGAGACGCUGAAAAAUGAAAAACUUUCUAAGUCAUCUACAGAGCAUCGACAAUCCCUGCUGGACAAAAUCAACAAAAUCCUGGUCGAGUAUCCGCAAUUAGCCCCUGAGAAAAACAAAACAGCUUUGAAUUCGUCCUCUCCGUCAGCAUGGUCUGUUUGGAAAAACAGGCUGUCAAUGUCUUUCCUCGAUGUAGACAAAGGAGAUGAGUCGUCGCGGACAGGUGGCAGUUCCACAACAGAAGACGGUGAAGAUCCAUACUCUGACCAAAAAUUCCCGGACGUAGCAGCUCAGGAUAUAAAGGAUGAUGUUAUAUCUGGUUUUCUGGAAAAGAAACAGAAGAGAGGUAUAAUACUGAUGGCCAAACUACAGAAACGGUGGUGUGUGAUCAAAGAUGACUGCCUGUAUUAUUACGAGAAUAAAAAGGACAAGAAACAGAGAGGGGCAUUCUGUCUCAGCGGAUACAGCUUCCAGGCUGCACCAGACUUUGUCAAGGAAGCUAACAAAAAAGAUCUGAGCUUUGAGGUUGUAUGUCAAGGCAAGCGGACGUUCCAGUUUGUUGCAUUGAAUACUGAAGACUUACGUAGAUGGAAAUCUGCGAUAGAAAAAGUAACAGGAACACAGAAAAUAUACGAUGAUGAUCCCGACGACAUCUACGAACCUAUUGAUGAGCCUUUAGUGGAAUCUUCACCUCCGUCAAAGGAGCCACAACCCGAGCAGGCGGUGGAGUCAGAGGAACAGGACAUUUACGACGACACUGCGCCUGCUCCGGGUGACGACGACGACCAAGAAACAUAUGAUGACUGUGGUAACAUGGCCACGCCUUCCCCUGUUGUCCCCUCUCGUAACGCCCCACGUACACAACCAACAGCCACGGGGCGGAAGCCCCUGCCCCCUGUACCAAACUCACAGACCCCUCCCCCACUCCCACCCCCAAGCAGGAGUCACCUGAAUCCCCCACCCCCUCCACCACCCCGUGAGAAUAAACCUGAUGCUCCAGAGACUAAGAGACGUAAAAUUGUUAAUCCGAAGGAGGACUUUGAGAAUCUCUACUAUGGUAAAUGGGACUUUUCUGGUGGAACUAACGAUGAACUGACAUUUAAAAAGGGAGACAUGAUUCAUGUCAUCAGCAAAGAAUUUGAUGCCAAGUCAUGGUGGGUCGGCGAGCUGCAGGGUAGUUAUGGUCUGGUACCUAAAUUUCACCUGGCACCAGCAUACGAGGCCGCAUCUGCUUAGUGGAUUGUGUGUUUACUGGUCCUUUUUGUCAUAAGGGAAACAAAUUCAGACUUUAAAGUAAUCCAACAUUUAGUUUUUCCAUCAAUUUAUUUAUGAAUGCUUGUUAUUUAAAUUCAUUUCAUAACUAAAAUAUUAAUGAAUAA